UUGGAAGAGCUGGUGAUGAAAAAUCUAUGGCAAGUCGCCCUCGAGGAAUUGCGAGAAAAGGAGGGGCGCCUGGUUGCGGCGUAUGAGCAGGAUCUGGCCAAAGAGUCCAACAAAUGUCACAGUGGAGAUAAACAAGCGCAAGGCGGUCCACUCAGCAGGACGGAACCGCAUCAGAAGCUUGUACGCGAAGCUCUUCAAAGAUUGGAGGAUGGCCAGCUCGUCAUACCCAGACGAUGUCGUCAAAGUGCGAUCGGGAAUCACGUUCAGCGCAUCCUCCAGAUUGUUCUGUCCGUCAAGGAUGUCAUAUCGCAGGCAGUUAGCGCGGAACCUCAUGCCUCUCUUGCUUGGGCAGGUGUUCUGGUUGUGCUUCCUGUACUAGAAUACCAGAUACGACUCGCCAGGCAAUUCUCACGGUCGGGGUUGUUUCAGGGAAUCAGAGACCUGGUGACUGCCGAUGAUUGGCUUGGAAUGACCACAAAGAUCAAGCAGACCGACGGGUCAAUCCAUACUAUGUUGGCAGAAUGGUCGCAAAAGACCAUUCUGCAUAUUGAUAAAACAGUUUCGUCACUGCAGGAAAAGAUGGACGAAUCGCUGUCUUUGAGAACCUGUCUUGAAGGAACGCAGGUGGCUGUUCUCGAGAAGAUUCAAAACUGGAGCAUUGGCCCUGAAGAGAAGCCCAUCCUGUGGCUCCAGGGAAUGGCAGGAACCGGCAAGUCUACAAUCGCCCGAACUGCGGCCGCAUCAUUUCGGAAUGGAACCUCGUUAACGAACCACGGUGCUCUCCCUGACAAUGUUUGCCUUGGGGGUAGUUUCUUCUUCGAUCACAAAAAGCAGGAUUGUAAGGACCCCCGGAACCUCUUCCCGACAUUGGCUCGUCAGUUGGUUGAAGUGAUCCCGGAGAUCGAGGAGUCUGUUUGCGCCGCAAUUUCCAAUCAUCAUGAUAUCCAACAAAGAACACUCCGUGAUCAGUGGAGGUACCUGAUUUGGGAGCCCCUUUCCAUGCUCCAAAGUGAUCUUCGAGACACGGUCAUCGUUGUCAUCGAUGCCCUGGAUGAAUGCGAGGUCAAGGCCAAUAACUGCGAAAACGAUGUGGAGGUGAUAUUAGGGCUGUUGAGUCAGAUACAAAAGCUUCGCUUGGUGCGGAUACGUGUUCUCAUCACCAGUCGACCGGAAGCCGACAUGCAACGCCACAGCAGAAGUCUCUCCCAGGACAUUCACGACCAGACGUUGGAGAAGGUGAAACUCGUCAACGACACCGAUGAUCGAGAAGACGACAUCACUCGCUUGGUGAAACACGAGAUGAUUGCGAUCAAAAAGAGUCAUCCCCGCCUGCCUGCAGACUGGCCGGGCACCCAGUCUCUUAGACAGCUCGUCGUCCAGACCGAAGGUCUGUUCAUUUAUGCUACCACGGUCUGCCGGUUCUUGCGUGGGGCUACGGAGCGAACCAUUCAGCGUCGACUCGAAACUAUCCUGGGCAAGAAAUUCGAUGGAAACUCAAAGGGUAACAAUCUCGAUGAGAUGUAUACCAGAAUUCUCGAAAUCAUUCUCACCGGGGAAGCAGACAAUGAUACGGAGAUAUCAAGUUUGUUCAAACUUAAUGUAAACCCUAAUGCUCAUACUUAGUUCGGAUGUCGGACAAAUUCGACUCUUGGAUGUGAGAACCGGACAGCUCCUGGCCAGUAUUCAGCUCUCGAAUGCUGAAUCUCUGCGUCUCGACCUAUCACGGGACAAGACCUUGCUUGCAUUAGCGUGGAUAAAAGGAGGCGAACGAGGGCACACUGUACAGAUCACCUUAUGGGAUCUGGCAAAGAACCAAGCCUUCCGCGAAUUCGAGGUGGAUAUGUUACCCCCAGAGCUUAUGGAUGUAGCCAUUUCGCCCAACAACAGCACAUUUGCUAUCUCCUCGGAUGAAGAGAUCAAGGUGUAUAGUUCUGCGGGAACUAUCAUACACACCUUGGA